CACACCCUCAAACCCACCAUGGCUACCGUUCAGACCAUCAACGUUACCCUCCCCUCCCUGCCUGCGGGCUGGAGUGCCGAGAAGGACUUCAAGGCCGUUGGCUCUGUGUCCGCCGCCACCCAGAGAAACCUGGAGCCUGUUGGCCCUCACUUCCUGGCCCACGCUCGCAGAAAGCGUCACCAGCGCACCUUCUCCGAGGAUGAGAGAAUCCAGGCCCAGCAGAAUGUCAAGAGCACCGAAGACGAUGAGGAUGAUGAUAUCUCCGAGGAUGAGGACCCCAUGCUCCUCGCCAGAGAGGCCAAGGACUGGAAGGGACAAGAUCACUACCAGGUUCUCGGUCUGUCCAAGCACCGCUGGCGCGCCACCCCCGAGCAGAUCAAGCGCGCCCACCGCAAGAAGGUCCUCCGUCACCACCCCGAUAAGAAGGCCGCCCUGGGUGACCGCGAUGAGAACGACAACUUCUUCAAGUGCAUCCAGAAGGCUACUGAGGUGCUCUCGGACCCCGUCAAGCGUCGCCAGUUCGAUUCCGUAGACGAGGCCGCUGAGGUCGAGCCCCCGACCAAGAAGGAAGCCGCCAAGGGCAACUUCUUCAAGCUCUGGCGCCCCGUCUUCAAGGCCGAGGGUCGUUUCUCCAAGAUCCAGCCCGUGCCCCAGUUGGGUGACGAGAACAGCACCCAGGAGGAGGUCGAGAAUUUCUACAACUUCUGGUACGAUUUCGACAGCUGGCGUACCUUCGAGUACCUGGACGAGGAUGUGCCGGAUGACAACGAGAACCGUGACCAGAAGCGUCACAUGGAGAAGAAGAACGCCAACGCUCGCCGCAAGCGCAAGACCGAGGACACUGCUCGCCUGCGCCACCUCGUGGACGACUGUGCCGCCGGUGACGAGAGAAUCAAGAAGUUCCGCAAGGCUGCUCGUGCCGACAAGGACAAGAAGCGUCUCGAGAAGGAGGCUGAGAUCAAGCGCCUUGCUGAGGAGAAGGAGAAGGCCCGUCUGGCUGAGGAGCAGGCCAAGAAGGACGCCGAGGAGGCUGCCAAGGCCGAGCGCGAGAAGAACAAGAAGGCCAAGGAAGCUGCUAAGAACGCCACCAAGAAGAACAAGCGUGUUCUCAAGGGUUCCGUCAAGGAUGUCAACUACUUCGGUGAGGGUGGCGAGCCCUCCGCCGCUCAGGUUGACUCCGUCUUGGGCGAUGUCGACCUUGUCAUCAGCAAGAUCGACGCCGAGGAGCUUGCUGGCCUGGCUGAGCGUCUUACUGCUGCCGGUAAGGACAGUGCUGCCGUCAAGACCGUGUACGUCGAGGAGGUCAAGAGACUGGUUGGUGCUGGCAAGGUGAAGGAGGGCGAGGCCAAGUUCUUUGCUUAGAGGCAGCGACGGGUAUAGACGUAUAUGAUGCAUCCCGAUUUAUUUGCUACACGGGUGUGCGGUAUAUAGAUCGAUAGAGUUGGCUACAAUAAUGAGAGCGACGACAUUUAUGGAGUUCAAC